AUUAUAUUGUACUACUUUGGAGUAUUUAUAAAUAUAUCUACAAUAAAUACAAUAAUUAAUGAAUAAAAACAAUAAUUCAGCCAUAUGCCCAUAUACUAGUAUAACAAUAGUGAAGAGGAAAAAUAAUUAGUCCACGGAAAUUAUGGAUGGUCAACGGGGUGCCCCGUAUUAUGGGGCAUAGCCAAUCCAACGCCUUUGACUUUGGUAAACUGCUACACAAAUAGUCUUCUCCAUUCAACCACCACAUUGCCAUAUCUUCAUCCCAUUUCUUCCAAUUCUCAAAUAUUAAUUAAUUACAUAAUCACCUUCUCCUUCAAUUCCUUUCUGAAGUAGACCCUUUUAUGGAGAGCAGCUCUUCUGUUCAUUGCAUUCAUGAAGAAGAAGACGAGGAUGCAUACAUUGAGAUAAAUCUGGAUCAAAGUCCAGUAGAAGAACAGAGGAGGAUGAGGAAGAAGAAAAAGAAAGAUGGUGAUGAAGUUGAAUUUCGGGUGUCCUUUCUGGAGGGAGCAGCUCUGCCGACAUUCGUCUCGCUUUCGUCUCCUCCUCCUCCUCCCUCUUCGGUGGCCUGCCUGCCCCCUGGCAGGCGGAAACCGCCCUCUUUCGGGCCGGUGGAUCCCCGGAGAAACAUGGGUGAUGAUGGUGAUCGGUGCCAGCAUUCUGCAAGAACUGAGACUGACUCCAAAGAGCUGCUUCUCAGCACCAGCAGGAAGGGGUCAUGUAGGAGGGCGGAAGAGGGCGGAUCGGAGAGCGGACUCGGCGGAGGAAUCAUGAGCGUCAUGCUCAAAUUCCGCUACUUUAUGAGCUUCCAAUGGAAGGCCUGGAGGAUCCGAAGCCAGCACCUCCCCUCCUCUUCUUCUUCACCCACCACAUCUGGAUCCGCCGGCUCUUCAUCUAGAGGUUUCCAGAUCAAUCCCGCGAGCAGCAAGCCAAUUCUAGCGCGGCAAAAGCAAUCUCCUCCGCAUCGACAGCAAGGGAUGAGUGAUGUCCCGGCGGCGGAUAAAUCGAGAUCGUCGGUGUUACUGCUGCAGGGCCUGGGGGUGAAGCUCCGAGAGCUGGUGGCGCCUGAUUCACAUCAUGCCAAGUGUGGCGGCGCGAUGCCGUCUAAAAGUUGCCCUGCUUCUGUCAAGUCGACGCCUCUGCAUCAUCACCACCAUCAAUGGGCUACUUCCGCUGCUUCAUCGUUCACCGGAAAAGUGGCGUAUACCAGAGAUAAUUCCGUUCAGGCCGCCAUUGCUCACUGUAAUCGAUCUUCCGGCCGCUCCCAGGAUUUUACCCUUUGAUUUCACCCCCCAUCGGGCCGCAGUUUCGGCAUGGGCUCAAUGAUUGGGCUUCACUAAAUAGAACUUGAGAAAUAUAGACUCUAGGUCCAUAAUGGGCCACCUAAGUUUUUCUCCCCAUAAAAUAUAGAUUCCCUUUAUCAAUUACCCUCGUAUAUAUGGAGUAGUUAUAGGCGGUGUUUGGAUCUGAUUAUUAAAACUGAUUAAGCUCUUUCAAAGAACAGAAGUAGAAGUUGAAAUGUUUAGAUAAAAGUGUAAAACUGAUUCUGGUUCUCUAAUUCACUCAUAGAAUCCGAUUUUUAGAAGCCGGAGGAGACCAACAUCUGAAAAUUGAUUCUGAUUCUGCUCCUGCUUUAAAAAGAAGAAGAUGUAGAAUCAGUUCCAAACACCCUCAUAUACUUCGUAGUACUACUUAGUAACGGGAAAAUGAUCCUUUUUUAUUGAAAAGGAAAACCAGAAUACAAUUUUAUCCGUAUAAAGCAAUGAUUUAUUUUUUUAAAAUUGAUAAGAAUAGGAGUAUUAGGCCAAUGCUUCUAAAAGCAAAAAUGUGGGCUUGAGAUUAGGACCUGUAAUUUCGGUUUUGGGCUGGAUCACGUCUUGUCCCUUUUUAUAAACCUCAUCCCCCUUCUCCACAAUAUUUUGGCUUUUAAAUAUAGCUAUGUUGUUUUUCACUUGCUUCUGUAUGACGUAUUGAAAAAAAGAAAACUUGAUGAUGAUGAUGAUGAUGAUGAUGAUGAUGAUGAUGAUGAUGAUGAUGAUGAUGAUGAUGAUGAUGAUGAUGAUGAUGAUGAUGAUGAUGAUGAUGAUGAUGAUGAUGAUGAUGAUGAUGAUGAUGAUGAUGAUGAUGAUGAUGAUGAUGACCUUUCAACAUGACAAAUAUAUAACAGAGUAUUUUUUGUGAAAGAGUGUUACGUAGAUUUAAGUGUCAAAAAAACUCUAGCAAUGUUAUGAUGUGGCAAGUGGCACCCAUCGUUGAUAGGGUGCUCAUGCAGGGUGAAGAUGUGGCCCCCGUCGCCUGGCUUCGUUGGGGAGCGGGUAGAUGUUGCGUUUUUUCGACUGAUUGUCUAGUUGUAUGUGCAUGAAAUAUUAAACGAGUGACAACAAAUGAAUCGAGCGAGGGAUAAAAAAUCAAAGGAAUGAUGUGGGUGAGACUCCACCUGAACAUUGUCAUCCCUACUUUCAAUUCACAUUCCUAUGUAGCAAUUUAAUAUAAAUUGUAGUAUAUGUGCUAAUUAGCACUGAAGUAGUAUUAUACACUUAUGGUGCAUGUAGUACAAAUGUGUUUUUUUUGUAUAUUGUCUAUUUUGGGUUUACAAUUUAAAAUGGUAAUGCAGGAUGUAUUUACUUUUAAUAUAGAGAUACAUUAUGAUAUGAUAAUAAAGAAUAUGUAAUUUUGUAUACAACUAAAUAUAUUGAAGCACAAAAAUAA